GGAAGCAUGAAGUGGCUUGGGAUCCUUGGGCUGGUGGCCCUCUCAGAGUGCAUGAUCGUAAUCCCUCUAACAAAGGUCAAGCCCAUGCGAGAAAACCUCAGGGAGAAAAACAUGCUGAAAGAUUUCCUGGAGCAGUAUACUUACCACCUGAGUGACAACACGGCUCCUGAGAAGAGAGUCUAUACUCAACCCUUGAGGAACUACCUAGAUCUGGUUUACAUCGCCGACAUCAGCAUUGGAACACCCCCUCAGAAUUUCAAGGUCGUCUUUGACACAGGCUCAGCUAACUUGUGGGUGCCCUCCAUCUACUGCGACAGCAAGGCCUGUGCUAACCACAGUGUCUUCAACCCUCCACGGUCCACUACCUUCUCGCUCGAAGGCCGACCCUUCGAAAUCACCUAUGGCACUGGGAAGAUAGCAGGAUUUCUCGGCUAUGACACCGUUCGGAUUGGGAACCUUGUCAUUGGGUCCCAAGCAUUUGGCAUGAGCCAGAAGGAGCCUAGUAUUUUCCUGGAACAUGCAGUCUUCGAUGGCAUCUUGGGCCUGAGCUACCCCGCCCUCAGCGUCGUAGGGACCACCCCCGUCUUCGACAACCUGAAGAAACGACGUCUCCUUAAGGAGCCCAUCUUUGCCUUCUACUUGAGCACCAAGAAAGAGAAUGGCAGCGUGGUGAUGUUUGGCGGGCUGGACCACUCCUACUACAAGGGAGAGCUCAAGUGGGUGCCAGUCUCCCAACGCCUCUACUGGCAGAUAAGCAUGGACAGCAUCACCAUGAACGGGAAGAUUUUGGGUUGUAAAGGCGGCUGCCAGGCCAUUGUGGAUACCGGGACUGCAGUGCUGGUUGGCCCAACCAACGUGGUCACCAACAUCCAGAAGGCCAUUAACGCCAGGCCCCUCACGGGUUAUGAGUACUUUAUCGGAUGUGACGCCAUCAACACCUACUCUGACAUCAUCUUCACCAUCAACGGCGUCAACUACCCAGUGCCAGCUCACGCCUACAUCCGGCAGAGUCUUAAAGGCUGCUGCUACAGCAACUUUGAAGGAGGCUCAGAGAAGCUGAGCCAAUCAGAGCUGUGGAUCCUGGGUGAUGUCUUCCUGAGGCUGUAUUUCACCGUUUUCGAUCGAGGAAACAACAGGAUUGGCCUGGCUCCCGCAGUGUAA